CCCGCCCCCGCCCCGCGUCGUCCGUCCACUCGUUGCUUCGUCUUCUUCCUCGCCCCCCUCCGCCUCCCGAUUAAAUCCGGCUAUUUAAAUCGAAUCCCCCAACGAACUCCCACUUUUCCCCAGCAGCAGCAGCGGCGUCAGCGGAGCAGCGCGAGCGAGAGAGCCAACCCUAGCGGAGCGAGCGAGCGCGCGCCAUGGGAUAGGUAGUGGUUCUCUGCGGGCCAUGGAGUGGGACAGCGACUCGGACGGCAGCGGGGAGGAGGACGAGGAGGAGGAGGAGGGGGAGGGGGUCGGGCCGUGGGGCGCGGAUGGGUGCCGGGGCGGCGGCGGGUUCUCGCUGGCGAUCGAGGGCGUGCUCGGCGGCGCCUGCGGGCUCGUCGUGUCCGACGCGCUCGAGCCCGACUUCCCCAUCAUCUACGUCAACCGCGGCUUCGAGGACGCCACCGGGUACCACGCCGAGGAGGUGCUCGGCAGGAACUGCCGGUUUUUGCAAUGCAGAGGACCAUUUGCUCAGAGGAGACAUCCUCUUGUUGAUGCUAUAGUAGUUACUGAGAUUCAGAGAUGCUUAGAGGAAGGAACUGAGUUCCAGGGUGAUCUGCUGAAUUUUAGGAAAGAUGGUUCCCCAUUUAUGACGAGUUUGCAACUAAAGCCCAUAUAUGGAGAUGAUGAAACAAUAACUCAUUAUAUGGGCAUUCAGUUCUUCAACGAUUGUAAUGUUGAUUUGGGGCCUUUGCCUGGCUCUAUGGCAAAGGAAGUUGUGAGAUCAACAUGGAUUACACCAGAUAAUACUCUCCGGCCAAGUCCAACAGGGAAGGGUAACUUUUGUUCUGAGUAUUCUCAUCUCUUCCAACUGAGUGAUGAGGUACUGUGCCAGAAGAUCCUAUCAAGAUUGUCACCUAGGGAUAUAGCAUCUGUAAACUCUGUAUGUAAGCGUCUGUAUCACAUGACAAAGAAUGAUCACCUUUGGAGAAUGGUUUGUCAGAAUGCAUGGGGCAACGAUGCUACUCGGGCUCUUGAGAAUGUGGCUGGCACAAAAAGUUUGGCAUGGGGACGGCUAGCAAGGGAGUUGACUACACUGGAAGCCGUCACCUGGAAGAAAUUGACGAUCGGGGGUUCAGUGGAGCCAUCUCGCUGUAACUUCAGUGCUUGUGCUGUAGGAAACCGUGUUGUCCUGUUCGGUGGGGAAGGUGUUAACGCACAGCCGAUGAAUGAUACAUUUGUGCUGGAUUUGAGUGCGAGCAAGCCAGAGUGGAGGCACAUCAAUGUGGGGUUGGCUCCUCCUGGCCGCUGGGGCCAUACCCUGUCAUGCCUAAAUGGAUCGCUGUUGGUUCUGUUUGGUGGAUGUGGAGGCCAGGGCCUGCUCAAUGACGUGUUUAUUCUGGAUUUGGAUGCAAAACAUCCUACAUGGCGUGAGAUUUUUGGCCUUACACCACCGGUUCCACGGUCAUGGCAUAGCUCUUGCACACUGGAUGGAUCGAAGCUGGUGGUUUCUGGUGGCUGUGCCGACUCAGGUGUGCUCCUCAGUGAUACUCAUCUUUUGGAUGUAACAAUGGAAAGGCCUGUUUGGAGGGAGAUACCUGCACCUUGGACUCCGCCUUCUAGGUUGGGGCACUCACUCUCUGUCUACGAUGGCAGGAAAAUCCUGAUGUUUGGUGGUCUUGCUAAAAGCGGCCCUUUACGACUCAGGUCUGGCGAUGUAUUCACAAUGGACUUGAGUGAUGCUGCGCCAUCCUGGCGGUGCAUCACCGGUAGUGGAAUGCCAGGAGCCUGUAACCCCGCUGGGGUUGGUCCGCCUCCUCGCCUUGAUCAUGUUGCUGUGAGCCUACCCGGAGGGAGAAUUAUGAUAUUUGGUGGCUCAGUAGCAGGUCUUCACUCUGCUUCACAGCUCUACCUCCUGGAUCCGACCGAAGAGAAACCCACCUGGAGAAUACUGAACGUCCCAGGGCGACCUCCGAGGUUUGCAUGGGGACACAGUACAUGUGUCAUGGAAGGAUCAAAGGCAAUAGUUCUUGGAGGACAAACUGGAGAGGAGUGGACGCUGACUGAAAUACAUGAACUCUCUCUGGCGAGCUCGUUAGUUUGAGACCAGAAAGGCUCGUGGCAGGUUAGUUGUGUAUGCUUGGAAGGCUAGUCUCAAGUAGAUCAAAGCUGGCUACUCCCGCAAUGUCCCGGAGUCGCCCCCCGUGUUGUCUAUGAAGUAGGAAUAUGUUCUCUCUGCUUUUGCUGCUGCUGCUGUCUGUUUGGUCUACUACAAGGUAACUAAUCAUCAUCCAUAACCCUCAAUGUGUGUUGUUCUCGUCAGAUGUUUCCAGCACUCUGAUAGGGAACACAAAAGGGACUGGCGUCGUAUACCUGGAGUCUCCGGCGCAACACUUCUGUGGCUCGGCCCCCUGGCACCGCCGUGGCGACAGUGAUGAUGUUGUAAUUGGUCCUGAAAUUCCGACCGCCCACCGGUUAUGUUGAGCUUUGCUUUUCUGUACCUUGUAUGUUUUCCGCGAGCUGCUUGGUCACUCCUCUCACAUUGUUUGUUUACUAAUACCGCUGACAAAAACUCUUCAGUUUAUACCUUUGUAAGUUGUAACUCUGAUUGUAGCUAAAAAGUUAUCAGGGCUGGUUGUAUGGAAAAA